GAGAGCGUGCUCGAUUUAAGAAGUACGCGCGCAACUUGUAAAGCAUUUGUGGUAGUGUCUGCUAGCCGCUGUUGUAAACCGUCGAGGAGGAUGUUGUUAGUGUCAAUUUGAACGGCAGACCGUCGCGCACAAUUGCGCAAUAUGUCUCUGUGCUUUCGCUCGCUGCCCAGUAGAUUGUCAUCGCUUGUCAGCGGCCGAAAACCGCUGUCGAAGCUUGACCACCAUCAUCUGCAGAAACACGUUUCAUCGUCCGCUUUCCUAAAGCAGUUUUUGGGAACACAAAGAGCACUAUCCAUAAGAGCAAAUACUGAAAGCAAGCUGUCGUUAUCCUCUGUGAAUUUUACAUUGCAUCAAAACUUACUGCUCGCUUCUCUCAAUACUUCUGAUCAGCGUAAUAAGAAACUAGUCAGACAGUAUAAUGGAAGUGAGAGUGUGGCGAUGUGUUGGACCCAAGAUCCUUGCAGGCAAUAUAAUAGAUUGCAGAAACUCGCCCUCUCGAGAAACAAGAAACAUUCAGCCGCCAUAAGAACUGCAUCAGAUAACAAUAUUACUGUGUUUCAGACGCAAAGUGUAGAAGGGGAUAAAAAUACUAUGUUCCUAGAUAAUAGUAGACUAAUCUCCUCGGGAAGCUUACACAAUAGUAGAGAAUCAAAUUCCAGCGGUAUCUUAUUUACCUCCAACAAUACCAGCAUUUUAAAAGCUGGCUCACAGUCAAGCUCACCGUCGCCACAAGAUGAUGACAAACCAUCACAGGACAAAUUGCAACAUGUAGUUGAUGGCCUUACUAUAGAUCUUACAAACUUAUUCACAAAACCUCAAAAUUAUACGAUGUAUACCAAAAAUAUGGUUUUCGUCAAUAAUAUUAGAGGGGUGACAACAGUCGGAGUUGGAAAUUACGCGAAACAGAUGAUACUUUUAAGGAUGAUUGGCCACUUGAAGUUUGCAUACGUGAAAUGCGAUAUCGUGAAGAUCACGAUGCAUCCCGAAGAUGGGACAAUAAAGGUGCGUUGGCGUAUAAGAGGUGUCACAGGCUUCAGGAUGUUCUUCUCGUUCUGGAAAUAUAAAAUUUGGAAGAUACGGGACGCUAUAGACAAAGACCACGAAUUAUGGUAUGACGGCUUUUCCACUUACUACGUUAACGGUGAAGGGAAAAUCUACAAACAUAUUGCAGACAAGAUGAUGCCCGAUCAGGAUGUAACGAAAAAGGAGGACCUGCGUAUCGCCGCGAAAUUAGCGCUAUUUGCAAGUUUGGCGAAUAUGUUCGAUAGUGACAACUUUUCCAAAUUGAAUUCCAAUUUAAAGUUACAUUAAUUGAAAUAAACGAUUCAACGGUAAUUGUUGAACUGUAGAAAUAUUUGCAAGUUUGUGGAUAAUCCGUACGAGACGCAAAAUGAAAAUGCUUUUUUCACGAAAUGGAUGGAAUUCCAAGCACCACCAAUGUAUUUGUUCCAUUGGAAAUGUAUUACUGCAAAACAAUGAUCGAUAGUGAAUAAGAGAUAUGUGAAUUAAAAGAUGUAUAUUAUCUAAA